ACAUCAUAAAUUACUGCUCUUUUCCUCUCCUUUAAGCCGAGGGAUAUCCUGUGUGGAGCAGCAGACGAGGUGUUGGCUGUGCUGAAGAAUGACAAGAUGAGAGACAAAGAAAGGAGGAGGGAGGUGGAGCAGUUGCUGGGGCCUACUGACGACACACGCUACCACGUCCUGGUCAACCUGGGCAAGAAGAUCUCUGACUAUGGUGGAGACAAAGAGCUCCAGAAUAUGGAUGACAACAUUGAUGAAACCUAUGGAGUCAAUGUGCAGUUUGAGUCUGAUGAGGAGGAGGGCGAUGAGGACCAGUACGGAGAGGUUCGGGAUGAAGGCUCUGAUGACAGCGAGGGAGUGGAGGCAGAUGAGAGCAGCACCCUGACUGCUAACCUGGGAAACACAGGCGACGUAAUGAUGACCAAAAAGAAGGAUCUUCACCCCCGAGACAUUGAUGCCUUCUGGCUUCAGCGACAGCUCAGCCGCUUCUAUAAUGAUGCCAUCGUGUCUCAGAAGAAAGCAGAUGAGGUCUUGGAGAUCCUUAAGACUGCCAGUGAUGACCGAGAGUGUGAGAACCAGCUGGUGCUGCUUUUGGGCUUCAACACAUUCGACUUCAUCAAGGUCCUCCGCCAGCACAGACGAAUGAUCCUGUACUGCACCAUGUUAGCCAGUGCUCAAAGUGAGGCUGAGAAGGAAAAGAUCAUGAAUAAAAUGGAAGCUGAUCAGGAUCUUUCCAAAGUUCUUUACCAGCUGCAGGAGACUGAAAAAGAGGACAUCAUCAGGGAGGAGAGAUCUCGCCGGGAGAGAGUUAGAAAGUCUCGUGUGGAUGAUCUGGAGUCUAUGGACAUUGAUCAUGGAGAGGCUAUGACCUCGAGGCAACUACUAGAUCUGGAAGAUCUGGCCUUCACUCAGGGCAGUCACUUCAUGGCCAACAAGCGCUGCCAGCUGCCUGAUGGCUCCUUCCGCAAACAGAGGAAGGGUUACGAGGAAGUCCAUGUGCCCGCUCUCAAACCCAAAGCCUUUGGUGAUGAUGAGGUAUUUUGCUCUAUUUU